AUGAAGCAGCUGGAGGAGGAAUUCGGGCCUGACCGGGCCAUCGAAAUCGAGACGGACGACGAAGAAAACGAGGCCGAGAGGGUUUGCGUAGAUUCCGGCGACGAGACGGAAUCUGAUGUCACCGGCCGGCCGGCCCAACAUUCCCCGGACGGCCAAGAUUAUUCUUCUUCUACGUUUUGGCCACAAAGUUACAGGCGGUCAAUGGACAUGUACAUGUACACAAGCAUGACACCUCCCACAUUUGGCUCAGAAAUCUCAGCCUGCUUUCAUACGUUUCACGUCUUUGGUGGUGUGGUGACAUUAGCCCUUGUGGUGCUCUGUUUGCUCUGGGUUGGCGUGGCUUCGGAUCUCGGAUUUCACCCGAGCGGAAGAGCAUUGAAUUUUUCAAAUAUUCCUAUAACGAUCGGUAUAUAUAGCUUUUGCUAUGGAAGCCAUUCGGUUUUUCCGAACAUAUAUUCGUCCAUGAAGGAGCCUUCUCGAUUUCCUUCAGUGCUAGUUAUCAGCUUUGUUAUUGCCGGUUUACUCUAUGCCGGCAUAGCCGUUUGCGGAUAUUUGAUGUUCGGUGAAGCCACGAAUCCCCAAUUCACAUUAAACCUACCGACAAACUUCAUCGCGUCCAAUAUUGCAGGAUGGGCCGUGGUAGUAGCCCCUGUUACGAAAUUCGCCUUGUCAAUAACGCCAGUCGCGUUGAGUAUAGAAGAGCUAUUGCCCGAGGCUUAUCUUAGGUCACACGGCACGUCUAUAAUGAUUCGAACGGGUUUAGUGGUCUCGACUCUAAUAGUUGCGCUAACUGUCCCAUACUUUGGAUCCGUGAUGGCUCUGAUUGGAUCGUUCCUCGUGAUGCUAGUCUCUGUUGUGCUGCCAUGUGCUUGCUACAUGAGAAUAGACAGAGAAAGACUAAACAGACUCGAGAUUGCGACGUGCUCAGUGAUAAUAGUCGUGGGAAUCGUUUGCGCGGUCGUGGGCACGUGCUCGGCAAUCAAGAGUAUGUCUGGCUGA